AUGACUGCAUCUGUGGGAUUUCUGUCAACCGUGGAAGGUGAAAUAUCUUUCUUUCGCUCUCUCAUGCGCGCAAGACCGGUCGGCCUUCACCGGCACUUUCAUGUAUUAUCCAUGCGCAACGCCAUACAUCAAGACACCGGUCAAUCCGUGUCAAUAGACGAGAUUUGGGAGAAACUGCGCAGUUGCUAUGACCUAGACGCGUUGGAGAACCUGGCGAGUGAAGCAGAAGGCUACGAGUCUCCCGGUUCGAGCCAGUCAACACCGCAAGUUACAGGCUCUCCUUCACCCACCGCGAACCUUUCUGCGCACCCUUUCUUUCGAAAAGAAUUCUCCUUACCACUGGAUGAUUCCUUCGAACCCAUGAUAUCCGCACGCCGCAUGCACAGCUCCGCUUCACCUUCCCCUCCAGCAUCAUCGCCAGCGUCUCCAGUGAAACCCCCCGGACGGGGAAAAAAACGCGGGAGGAGUAAGGUCAUGGCAGGUCUAGUGGGAGGUGAUAGCGAUAGCAGCGCCUUGACACAAGAAAGCGGUGAUGAAAGUGUAGCGCCUACUCCCAGAGGUAGCGUUGUUACAGGCACAGACGCAGGCACAGAAUAUGGAGAGGAUGAUGAUGUAGACAUGGACGCAGGUGCGCAUUGGCACUUAUGCUCGAAAUCUUCACAUCUGACAUGUGCGGCAGGGCCAACGAGAGGUGUACGGGGUAAAGGGCCAAAGGCCGGGAGGAAAGGGGGCGCUCCGCGCGGUCGACCAGCUGGGCCAACGCGACCUAUGAAGAAGAGAAAACGGUGA